CUUGGGACCAGCGCGGCCUCAGCGCCGAGUCGGGGGCGAGGCGGCGGCGGAGCGCGGCGGGGCAUGAACCUGGAGGGCGGCGGCCGCGGCGGGGACUUCGGCAUGAGCGCCGUGAGCUGCGGCAACGGGAAGCUCCGCCAGUGGCUCAUCGACCAGAUCGACAGCGGCAAGUACCCGGGGCUCGUGUGGGAGAACGAGGACAAGAGCAUCUUCCGCAUCCCCUGGAAGCACGCGGGCAAGCAGGACUACAACCGCGAGGAGGACGCGGCGCUCUUCAAGGCUUGGGCACUAUUUAAAGGAAAGUUCCGAGAAGGCAUAGACAAGCCCGACCCUCCCACCUGGAAGACGCGCUUACGAUGCGCUUUGAACAAGAGCAAUGACUUUGAGGAGCUGGUGGAGAGGAGCCAGCUGGACAUCUCGGACCCCUACAAAGUGUACAGGAUUGUGCCCGAGGGCGCCAAAAAAGGAGCAAAGCAGCUCACCCUGGAGGACCCGCAGAUGACCAUGAGCCACCCCUACACCAUGACGGCUCCCUACACCUCGCUGCCAGCGCAGCAGGUUCAUAACUACAUGAUGCCUCCCCACGAGCGAGGCUGGAGGGAGUACAUCCCCGAUCAGCCCCACGCGGAGAUCCCGUAUCAGUGUCCGGUGACAUUUGGAUCCCGCGGCCACCACUGGCAGGGUCCGGCUUGUGAAAACGGUUGCCAGGUGACAGGAACCUUUUAUGCUUGUGCCCCGCCUGAGUCCCAGGCCCCAGGAAUCCCCAUAGAGCCAAGCAUAAGGUCUGCCGAAGCCUUGGCGCUCUCAGACUGCCGACUGCACAUCUGCUUGUACUACCGGGAGAUCCUGGUGAAAGAGCUGACCACAUCGAGCCCAGAAGGCUGUCGGAUCUCCCACGGGCACACUUAUGAUGCCAGUAACCUGGACCAGGUCCUGUUCCCCUACCCAGAGGACAAUGGCCAGAGGAAAAACAUCGAGAAACUUCUGAGCCACUUGGAGAGGGGUGUGGUCCUCUGGAUGGCCCCCGACGGGCUUUAUGCCAAAAGACUGUGCCAGAGCAGGAUCUACUGGGAUGGGCCCCUGGCACUGUGCAGUGACAGGCCCAACAAACUGGAGAGGGACCAGACCUGCAAGCUCUUUGACACACAGCAGUUUUUAGCAGAGCUGCAAGCUUUUGCUCACCAUGGCCGUCCCCUGCCAAGAUUCCAGGUAACUCUGUGCUUCGGGGAAGAGUUUCCAGAUCCUCAGAGGCAAAGGAAGCUCAUCACUGCUCACGUCGAACCUCUACUCGCCAGACAGCUGUACUAUUUUGCUCAGCAAAACAGUGGACACUUCCUGCGGGGCUACGACCUCCCCGAGCACAUCAGCAGCCCGGAGGAUUACCACCGGUCGAUGCGCCACUCCUCCAUUCAAGAGUGAGACCAGGCCUGACAAGGGGCGGCCUUUCACUGUAAAUAUCUGACUUUCCCAGGAACAGCUCACCGAACUCCCUCUUUUCCUUUUGAGAAACCUGGCGAUUGGGACUUCAGCCCUUGAGGAGAAUCUCGGCAAGAAUGAGCGUAAAAAAAAAAAAAAAAAAACAAAAAAACAAAAAACCCACCCCGGCUCCGUCUAAGGGAGCUCAUUCCUAAGGAAACGCGGUUUUCAGGGUCUCCCGCAGACUGCCGCCUCUGAGGAUCACUGUGAACCUUGACCAAAGGAUGUGUUUACAUUGACUUAAAUACUAUCUUUAAUUUGAUGUGGAUUAUCUGUUGCUUGAAAACUGAGAAAACUUGUGUUUCAGUGUUGACCACUAACUGGAGGGAUAGAAGCACACGAGUGUCGUACUAUUACUCAGGGAACUAAUGUCUAAAUUUGAGGUGACUCUGCCCACAAAAGGAACAUGUUGAUGCCCAUAGAAGAUGUCGCUCUUGUAGACAGUGCUUGCUGUUAGAGAAUCUUUGGCUGGGAUUGGACCACGGUGCCUCCAGCCUCGGGCUGGCUCAUUAACCCGCUGCGCCCGGGCCUGGGCCUGGCCCCGCGGCUUCCCUGCCUUGUCUCACCCCCCCCCCGCCCCCCGUUUGCUCUCUCUCUCCUCAGGCGCCCCUGAGAACCAAUUGGUAUUUUCUGGAACCAAAAAAGCAUUAGGGCUUCCUUGAUUAGUGUAUUUUAGUAAGGCCUACAGUCUGGUAAUGGGUACUUGAGAUAGUUUUUGUUUUUUUGUUUUGUUUUGUUUUUUUGUCUCUCUAUUCUCUAUACUCUAUUCUCUAUAGAAUAGAAAUCAUGGCUAAAGCUAUUUCUUAAAAAAGAAGAAAAGGAUAACAAUCCAAGUACUGAAGAUAUAUUUUUGAAACUCGGUGACAUUUCCCCCUCUUACCCUGUUUGUUUUGUUUGGCUAUCAGUUAGUUAUCCAUGACAACACUAAAGAGGAGGAGCCGAUGCUUUUCAAUUUGGUGAACUCUGUUAGGAAAGAUGAUGACAGGAUUUCACUGAUUGCAUAACUGCAGACUCAGUGGGCUGUUUUUGCUUAUUUUGUAUAUUAUGUGCUUCCUCAUGCCAAUAUGGUUUGACAGGGCUUUUACUGGGCUUUUUCCAAAUACAUCUUUUUAUAGAAUCACCAAGAUCUCUACUUGCUUAAGUGAACCUGGUCACUUCCUUGUUGCUUGUUUUGGAAAAGCACAGAUGUUUAGACUGAUGCUGGCAACUGGUGUUUUUAUUAUACUAUGAAAAACUGCUCUUACUUUCAGGCUCAGCAAAAGACUUAAUAAUUCUCAAAUAUAUGCCGCUCUUAUUCCAGCCUGUAUUUCCAAAUCAUUCAACAAGCUGUGCCCCUUACGUUAGACAGAUUAUUUAUGGCCUUUAUCCAAUUUGGUAAGCAAUGAAGCAAUUGGAGUGCCGUUUUUUUAACCUUUAAAAAGGAGGAUUUUUAAAAAGGAUUUUAUUUAUUUACUUAGAGAGGACGGGGAGAGGGGGACAGAGGGAGCGGGAGAAGCAGGCUACCCGCUGAGCAGGGAGCCUGACGUGGGGCUCGAUCCCAGGACCCCGGGGUCACGACCUGAGCCGAAGGCAGACGCUCAACCGACUGAGCCACCCGGGCGGCCCAAGGACUUUUUAAUGGUAACAUGAUACAUAUUAACUACAGGAAAUGUAAACAGUAUAUACAGGCCAAAAAAAAAAAAAAAAAAGAAGUGCAUCGUCUUCCUUAUCGCCAGCCCAAAUUCCUCCCUUGAAAUAUCUGCAAGAAGAGUUUCACUUAUUCUUCCAAUACGCUUCACUUCUCUGUAGGUUUACAUCAACUCAGAAAAAAACCAAAACGAACCACCUCCUAGGAUCAUCUUGCAGCCACUUUAAUGCAGCUGCUCUUUCAACCUAAGGAUGCAUUUACCUCACCCUUUCAGGAGGCCUUGUCCUCGCAGAACCCCACCCGUGCAGGCCAAGCGAGGAAUUUCACCAGCCGCUAGGAGUGAAUAUGCGUGGACAGCGGAUUAUAUUUUGUGAAUUGCAGUAAUUUAUACAUCUUAUAGAUGCAAAGUGUUUUAGGGUAUAUUAUCCUAAGGGGAAAUUGAAGGCAAAAUUAGGAAUCGCUGUGACACAGGCCCCAGUGUAUGCGGCCCCUCCUCCCUGGAGAAUAUUUAACCCACGCCAGCGCUUCAGAGAAGUUCCCUGGUGUCAAUCCCAGGAGUGCUGUGUCUUCUGAAUUCUCCAAACAGAAGCUUAUUUCUAUUCUGUUGUGCAUUCUUUUCUCUUUUCUUUUUUCUUUUUUUUGAUAUUAAGCUACUUUAACACUGGAGUUACAUUUCCUGGAAAAUGCUCUUGGCUUGGGCUGCUGUCCCUUUUCUCAUCCUUACUUCCAUCUACUUUUUUUUUUUUUUAAUUUGGAGGAAUCCAGAGUGUGUGCUAAGGAAUGAAUCAUGAAGAAAUCAGGGUGAAGAACCUGGCAUGGGCUCCUGCCUGAGAGGCUGGGCAACAGGUGGGCACGCACCGAAAGAAGCCUUUCUCCUGUGUCGGCUGCACCACUGAACAUUGGUUGUUGCAGUUGGUUUUUUUUUUUUUUUUUUGGUAGCAAAUAUUUUUUUAGUUCAAAGCCCCCUUAAUUCUUCUUUGAUCACAUUUCUCCAAUUUCCCCACAGGUGAAUGUUUUUCUGGAAGCAAUGAGCUUCCUUGAGGUCUAUAUUUUUAGUCUGUAUCUCCCGAGUUUGUGGUCGCCUGGCAUCUAUUUAAAUGUUGCAUUAGGGCUGUCUUGCUGUAGGUGUCGUCCUGCAAUGGACUUUCCUCGCUGUUCCAUCGCUGAGGUCUCCCCACAUCCAUGAAGGUGGGUCUCACCCGGCUCUCGUCAGCUGGGGUCAGAUGGCUUUUCACAUGAGUGUGGUGAGGGUCGAUUUUCCCGGUAUUUGUUUCCACUGCUCUUAGGAAAGCAUGCAUGCCGAGUGUUGUCGAAGUGAAGGAGAGAGAGAGGAUGUGGACAAGAGCAAGAGUCCAGCGGACAGUCGUCCUCCAGUGUGGACUCCCAUUGUGCCUUAGUGUCCGAGGUGGGAAGAACUGGUGGGUGUUGGGCCCGCCACCCGCCCCUCCUCCCCCGCUGUAUCAGUGGCCCGGACGAGCUGCUCUGGUGGGUCCCCCCGGGGUUACGCUGGUUCCCUCCUGGGGCCCGGCCUCUUGGCCUCCCGGGCAAGGGUGUCUAGAGAAGAAGCAAAUCGCUCUGCAGAAGAUGAUUGUACAUAACAAUGUCGUGCAUCUUGGUGUAGACUGCUUUUCAAAACAGUUCGCCGUUUGUGAUAAU